AGGCUCAAUAGUUUCAGCGUAACAUCUACGUCCAUCGGAUGUGUCCGUGGGCUUUUUGCGGUUGAUUUGCGUAUUCGGUCGGGUUUUCACGCGGUGGUACACGGUACAUUUCUGCUGGUUGGCAGCGGUCGCGCCUCGAUAGGAUUUUGCACUUUGCACGAACCUUAGCCGUGGUGAGUGCUGUGUGAUUGGCAGUGAUUGCAUCGACGACUGUCGGGGUGUUUCACAGCUUCCACAAGGUGCAAGGUGAGAUCAGUGGGGAAGAGAAUUUGUGCAGCCUGCUGGUAAAUUAUAUGUACGAAAGGAGGCUUUACCUCGCCGUUUGAUUGCAACCCGAGGGGGAGGGUUCUGUGUGCUGUAUCUUUCGGUGGAUGCUACUACGAUGGAGAAGUGAUGUGAGUGUUCGGAAAUGUGUGCACAGCAAUGGAAUGGUUAUUAAAUCGAUGACGUCGGCAGUGCUAGUAUUGAUGCUGCGGCUGCUGGGUGAUCCCGGCUGUGAUAAUGAUAAUGGAUGCUCACUGGUGUAAUGCUGCCCUCCUCGGGCCCUCGAUGGUCAUGCCUCGUUACGGCACUUGGGUAGCAGAUGCAUUGGAAGGAUCCUUCCGUACCACAGUCGAUUGAACCUGUCGGGUGACUAUGAUAACGGUUGUUGAGAAUGGAUUGAGUUCAGGUGUGCGUCGGUACAAUCGAUAGGAAAUAAUCGUUCAGUCCACGUGAGUGUUGUGAAUAACGUUUUUGCUGGUACUAGCCGUUGUUGUUACUGUUCUGGAAAUAUGCUCAUAUAACCAUCGAAAGUGUUCAGAACAGUGUUCGAAACGGUGUUCUGUGUUUUAGAUGCCGUCACUAUUACGAGACCGAGGAUUAUACAGAAAGCUUCAAUUUAUUGUUUCAAUUCGUAUAUGGGACACUUUGAUCUGCUGCACGAAUCUGAGAGUGGUGCGCGAAAGGGGGCAGUGCUAAAAAUUUCGAGCAAACUAAGUAACUAAGAGGAUAAGCGAUAACAUAAAAACAUACAUCAAAAUUUGUUUCUGUCACACGUCAGCCAUUUGAAUGUGGCCAAAAAAAAUCAAAUCAACAAGAAGAGCUGCUGACAAGAUAAAAUAUAAUUCACGGUGAAUCGGCAGCGAGCCACACAAGGAAAAAAACCGAUGGAAAGUGAUAAAAAGUGAUGAAAAUUGAUUGUUUCCUGGCGAAAGUGCUGAGCAGCAGCAAAUUCUCACAAAUACAAAGUGUGCUGAGUGUGUAGCGGUGCGUGUGUAACGAAGUAAAAUUGGCUAAACUUCCGUUCAACUUCUGCCACCAUCCUACUGGCGGCUGAUGAUUAUGGCAUGAAAAUUUGUGCCGCCACGUUGUGGUGCUGAAGGAAGACAGGCCUUGGUCACAUUGUAACGAGAUAGCGAGAAAAAAAAACUUUUCCCAUGAACAACCGCUCCGCAACUUCCGGCCGGGUGGAUUAAAAAUGGAAUACCAUACCGGAUGCGAGCUACCAAAUUUGUAGCCCAACAGCAAAACAAAAAAACGUUCCACUAGCAAUUCGGGGCAACACGAAGAGAACACCAUAGACAGGACCUCUGGAAUUAAGCGGUGUUACGUAUUAUGGGAAACUUUUCCACCGAUGUCCCGGCCGGACUGCAAGGAUUCCACCCCCGGAGAAAGAUGCAAAUGACGCCCGCUAGCUUCGGUAGGUGGCGACGAGCGGCCGCAUCCGGUAGUGGAUUGGGGUCGAGUUGCUCCCCUCAAGUUUCGGACCCUUAAGCCGGGAAGCAGGAUUAAAACGGAAGUAUAAAACAAUACAAGAAGCAACUUGGCAAACAAAAAUUCAAAAUUGCAAGUGAUGGUAUUAUUGGAAUAAUUUAUAAUAAUAUAAUCCGUUUUACUGUUGGCGUGUCCUUCGCCAUGGUGUGGAAAAAAACGGAGCGAGAGAUGAUGGAAAAAGUUACCGGAGCGGCAGGAUAGACGGACAUUUAUUUUCCGGCGAAAAAGGAAGAAAGGUGAAAGUUUAAUCACCUGUUGUAAAACAAAGUAAAAGUAUUAAAAGUGUGAAAAAGUGAACGCGUGGAGAAUAUCCGGGGUGUCUUCGCAGAGCGACUGUUUGAGCCUAGACCGAAUGAAAUCGUAUCAGAAGUGAACGUAAAGAAGUUUCGAAGAAGCGUUGUAAAAUAGAAGCUGCCGUCUAAAGUGGAGUAACGUUUGAAAUUUUUGAAUUGGUGUUGCAAAAAAAAAAGCGUGAGAGAGUGUGUGAGGAAAGUCGGUUAUGUUAAUCUGCUAAGCUUCUGGCCCCUGAACAUCAAAGUUUUGCGAUUGUUUGGGGCUGAACCUAAUGUAACAUCUGCAAGUUGCGAAAGGACCCUCGGUGGAAAAGUGUGGAAAAAGUUGUUAACGGAUACCCAGUCAGGACCGACCAAGGGUUCCAGCGUGACGAGUUACAACGGAAAGGGGAUUUUUUUCAGCGGAAGGCGGGAUGGCGACUUUGGUUACGUUUCCCCUCCAGCUCGGCUGCCUCUUGCUAGCGGCUCUGGUACAACUUGCAACAAGUGUGAAAGAUGUGCCACUCUCUUCCAUGGAAGCGCUGGUCGGAGAGACCAUAUAUCUUCCCUGCAACAUCAGCACCCACGAGCCGGGGGACAACGUAGUGCUGGUCCUGUGGUACCGCGAAGAUAAGGGAUCGCCCAUCUACAGCGCCGACACCCGGGGACGGGAUGUGACGUCGGCUAAGCGGUGGUCCGACGAUUCCGUGUUCGGCAACCGAGCGUAUUUUCUGUUCGAGAAGGAACCCGGCGAGUUGGCGGUCCAGAACGCCCGCGAAACGGAUAGUGGCGUUUACCGGUGCCGGGUGGAUUUUAUCGUAGCGCAAACUAGAAAUAGCAUCGUAAAUUUAACAAUAAUUGUUCCCCCCGAGCGGGUGCUGAUCCGUGACCAGUUGGGCACCGAACGAACGACGGUUGCCGGUCCCUAUAGCGAAGGGGACGUUAUUAAGUUGCGCUGUGAUGUGUACGGUGGACGACCCACACCGGCGGUCAGCUGGUACCGGGAUGGCGUUCCACUGGUGGCCGAAACCAAGUACAUGCCCAUGGGUAAGCAUCUCCGCAGCGAGAUUGCACUGGGACCACUGACCCGACAGGACCUGCAUUCGAAACUGGUGUGCAAGGCCAAUAACCAUGUGCGGGCUAAUCCGGUGGAGCAGUCCGUCCAAAUUGAUAUGAACUUUGCUCCUCUGAAUAUAAGACUGAUUGGUGCUCACCAACCAUUAUCGUCCGGUCAUCGGUACGACCUGUUGUGCCAAAGUGCAGGUUCACGGCCUGCCGCCUCCAUCACUUGGUUCCUGGACGGAAUUCGGCUCGAUAAGAGCAAAGAGACGACCUCGGCUGAUGGUAAUCAAACAACUAGUACCCUAUCGAUAAGCCUCAACCGUACCGAUGCAGGCAAGUACCUGUCCUGCAAAGCGUACAACUCCUACGUGCCAUCCGAUGCGCUCGAGGACGGGUGGCAAUUGGAUAUACAAUAUGUUCCUGACGCGUUCGUACGGCUGGGCAGCUCGCUGGACCCGGACUCGAUCCGCGAGGGGACGGACGUCUAUUUCGACUGUAUUGUGACAGCCCAUCCCGCUGUCUAUAAAGUUGAAUGGAAGCAUAACAACAAAACCCUGCCGCACAACAUAUCGCAGGGCGUCAUCAUAAGCAACCACUCGUUGGUGCUGCAGGGGGUUUCCCGGACCACGGCCGGAAAUUAUUCGUGCGUUGGGUUCAACGCGGAAGGCGAGGGCAGCAGUGCCGCGUUCGAGCUGAAUGUGAUGUAUGCGCCAACAUGUGCUCCAAAUCAGCAGCGAGUGUACGGCGUGGCAAAGCAGGAAAAUGCUGAGAUCCGGUGCAUCGUUGAUGCCAAUCCCCCCGACGUAGAGUUCAAAUGGACGUUUAAUAAUUCCGCCGAGAGUAUCGAUGUUCAAGCGAGCCAUAUUUCACGACUAGGAACCUCAUCCGUGGUAUCAUACACACCGAUGACCGAGUUGGACUACGGGACACUGCUUUGUGUAGCCACCAACCGGAUUGGCAAACAGAGACAACCCUGUGUGUUUCAUAUCAUCGCUGCAGGGCGACCCGACCAGGUGCACAACUGCAGCCUGGCAAAUGUUUCCAUGACAUCGCUGAAUGUGCGUUGUUUCGAAGGGUUCAACGGAGGGUUGGCCCAGUCAUUCUAUCUGGAACUGCGGGACACCCACACACAGGAGGUACGUUUCAAUAACACCUCCCCGGUGCCCCGGUUCGAGGUACCGAAUCUUCAUCCCAGUGCAGUCUACCAGCUGUCGGUGUAUGCAUUCAACUCCAAGGGCAAGUCCGAACCAUACGUCAUGGGAGCGGCCACGUUACGGCUGCCCGAGAAGCAAAUGAACUCGGAGAAAGCUGAGCGCCCACGAUCCCCACUGCCCUUGACACCUGCCCUUUCGAUUGGAAUCGGGCUGGUGGCGGCCGUCCUCAUCGGCAGUCUUGCAAUUUUGCUAGUCCUGAAAUCGCCUUGCGGGGGCAGCAACCGCCGCAAUAAGGAAACGGCGCAAAGCACACAGGUACGAGCUUCCUCACCGGGUCCGAGCGACAAAAGCGUUGCCAGCAAGGAUUACGACGGGAACGACAGUGACGAGAAGAAUCCUGACGUGAUACCAGACACGAUCGACUCCGAUGAUCAGAUGGAAUAUAUCCGACGUCGACAGCACAUAUCCACAAUUGACACUAGCAGCCCGAGUCGGCUGCUGUUGACAACCACAGCCCAGAGCCAGAACUUCAUGGGUUCGACGAUGGCGCUGCACAACAAUCACACCGCCAGUCUGGGAUAUUGCACCUUGAGAAACGGUGUGCCCCAGCCUGCCAACUCGGUGACCAACGUAUCCAUGAGUCAUAUGCCAAGCGCGUUUACAACAGCAUCGCACACCACCUGUACCCUGCCGAGGCAUCCGCCGGGUGCCGCUGUAAUGAAUCCUGCCGGUCCGAUUGGUGCCCACCACUGGCCAUCGUACGGUGGCACCAUAGCGGGUGUCCGGAACAUGACUACCAUCUCGGUGACCAACAGUCAGCAAGUGGUGCCUCCGCCACCUUCCACCAUUGCGAUGCAGCAUCUGGGGCCACAGCCAAGGACGCGGGUCUGCAUAGGACUGCCUGAGGAUGACGUGUCCGCCGAUACGCCGCUCAUGGUAAAAAGAGAAAGCACCGUAUGACUAUAGGAAUCUCACAGGGUCGGUGAUACGGCCCUGUGAGGCUCUCCCCGAACGUAGCUGCCCGGAGGCAGGGGACCCGGGGCAAGACUUAAACAAUAAUUAGAAACUGUUCGAACAAAAGAUACCAGAGUGGAGGUAAAAUAUUUACGAGGAACGAAUCCAUCUUCUAGUAAAACUCAUUUAUCCUGUUCUUGUUUUUUUUUUUUUGCAUCGGGACCAUGAUAUGCUCGAUGAUCACUUUAUGUAUUUCACUUUAUUUCCACACUGUUUCCAUGAAGGGUGUAGUUUAGAAGAGAAUAACGACGUUAUUUACCAUUAUAUCAUUUUGUGAUAUGAACGCUGUGAAAUAAUCAAAUCGAUGCGCUCGAUUUUGAGCGCGAAUUAAAGUCGAGGACAGUUUAGCACUCAUCGGAUCGUACAUAGGAAGAAUGAAGAAACGUAAAAGUAAGCGACUCGAAUGAGAAAUCUGUAAAUAAUAAUUUAAUUUACGACCAAUCCUCAAACCAAUUUCUAAGAAACCAGCAAAGCUGGAAAGAGAGCAGCGGAAGCCAGCUGAGCACAAAAAAAAAGCAUAAA